GUUUUAUGGCCAUGAUCUGUAUUGUCGGGGCCCCGGACUUGAUGGGCAACCGAUUUUUCCCCCAAAUGGAAAAAACGAAUUGGACCUCCACCUGGCGACUCAACUUGAACCUUUCUUUUCAACCCUCCAAGUGUAGCGACAAUGGCGACAAUGGCGACCAUUACGCAGGCCGAGACAGGCACCGAGGCGAUCGAGCUUCGCGACCAAAAAAAUGCCCCAAGCAAUUCACUCGACGACACUGAGCCACCGCCUUCAUCCAACAAGCCCGAUACCGCAGAACUACUCAAGCUCUUGAGUGCAGGCUUCUCCUUCUUUGUCGCCGGAAUCAACGAUGGAAGUAUCGGAGCCCUGAUUCCUCACAUCAUCCGAGAUUAUGGCGUCACCACGGCCAUUGUCUCAUCAGUUUACGGCGCAAACUUUAUGGGAUGGUUUAUUGUCGCCUUUUCUAACACUCAUCUUUGCCAAGUCUUUGACCUUGGCUCCAUGCUCGCCCUCGGAGCUAUUCUGCAAGUUAUUGCACACGUUCUGCGAUCUUGGAAGCCGCCAUUUGCCCUCUUUACCGUGACCUUUUUUAUUAGUAGUCUCGGCCAAGCGUACCAAGAUACGCACGGAAACACGUAUGUUGCUGGAACAAAGGCAUCACAUCGAUGGCUGGCCUUUAUUCACUCCAUGUACAUGGCGGGUUGUCUCGUGGGGCCCUUUGUCGCUACUGCCGUAGCCGCAGGCACUCCGAAAUGGUUUCUAUUCUAUACGUUUCCUCUUGCAAUUGGUGUUCUUAACGUCGCCUUUGUCUUUUAUGCAUUCUGGGAUACUCUGAGACUCAAGAGAAAGCGGCCACUUACCGAGCGGACUCUCGAGGCUGAUGAGUUACCGGCUUCAAGGAACGAAGACGCAUUCUCUUUAAUAAAAGACACAUUUAAGAACAAGGGUUUCUUACUUAUUAGCUUGUUCUUCUUUUUUUACCUUGGCGCCGUCCUCACAGCCGGUGGAUGGGUUGUUGAGUAUCUCAUCGUUGUUCGCGACGGCGAUAUCAACCAGAUGGGUUUUGUAUCUGCUGGCUUUAAUGGAGGAUCACUACUUGGACGAAUGCUGCUGGCUGAGCCCAUACAUCGCUUUGGGGUUCGUAAGAUGAUUUUCAGUUUUACAAUUAUCAGCAUCGGCCUUCAGUUGCUGUUCUGGCUGGUUCCAAAUAUCAUUGCUGCUUCCAUCGCUAUCAGCUUUUUAGGAUUCUUCACGGGUCCAUACUUUGCUACAGGCGUCUCGGUCGCUUCCAAACUCUUCAAUGAUCGCAUCAAGUCCACGGCCCUGGCGUUUGUGUUUGUCUGCGCACAACUCGGAGGUUGUGUGUUCCCAAUCAUAACUGGUCUCGUGGCAUCCAGCGCCGGCGUCAAGGUUUUGCAGCCUGUUCUUUGUGCGCUUUUGGUCGCUACAGCCAUUUCCUGGUUGUUCGUGCCCAUGCCCAAGGAGAAUGACAAUCCGACGUUGCACCAGGAGUAGGUUCGGAGUAUAGACUUGGCCGACAUGUAAUGAUAUCUUGAUCAAGUUUGUGUUGGCAUAGAAGAGUUUUGAUUUGCGAGUGUUUCCAUUUAACUAGAAUUUAUCGUGACCGAUAUUGCAACCCAUUCUACCACAUUCAUGGACCAACCCACCUGUACCAUCCAUCGGAGUUCUAUUAUUCAUUGGUGAGAAUACUAUUAAAAGCGUCUGGCACUGGC